AUGGCGACUAUCGAAGCGACCAAUGGAGCGGCAGCUACAGCCGUAGCGCAGAACGGCGCCAGCGAGGAGUCAGAGAGCUAUAAGCUACGCUUCUGCACGGUGUGCGCAAGCAACCAGAACAGAUCCAUGGAAGGCCACCUCCGCCUCGCUCAAGCUGGAUACCCCGUCAUAUCCUUCGGAACCGGCUCGCUCGUGCGUCUCCCUGGCCCGACCAUCACGCAGCCCAACGUCUACCAGUUCAACAAGACCUCCUACGACAGCAUGUACAAGGAGCUCGAGGGAAAGGACCCGCGCCUGUACCGUGCCAACGGCCUGCUGAACAUGCUGGGCCGGAAUCGAGGCAUCAAGUGGGGACCGGAGAGGUGGCAGGACUGGCAGGUCGGACACCCGCGGCACGGCCGUGAGCAAGACCAGGGCCGCGAGGGCACCGAGAUGGGGCUAGUUGACGUCGUGAUCACCUGCGAAGAGAGGUGCUGGGACAACGUGGUCGACGAUCUGCUCGCGAGGGGCUCACCCCUCAAUCGACCAGUCCAUGUCAUCAACAUUGACAUCAAGGACAACCAUGAAGAGGCAUCAGUCGGUGGGCGAGGCAUGGUCGACCUGGCCGACUCGCUGAACAAGGCCGCGCAGGAGGAGCGCGAAGCUAUUGGUGCGGCGGCCUUUGACGGGGGAAGUGCAGCAGCGCGGUCGGGCUUUGACGAGAGAGUCCCCGACGUUCUGGCAGAGUGGCAGGAGCGGUGGCCUAACCUCCCUGCUACGUGGACACUGUCUUGGUUUUGA